AUCAUAACUAUAUUCUAUUGAAAACUCAUCGAUAUUUCCCCCCCUUGGCCUCCCUGGCCCCUGUCAAAGGGAAUACAUACCAAGAAAAAUAAAAAGAAAAAACAUUUCUUCGGAUACAAAAUCUUUGUAAGUAUUUUUUGUAACGAAAAAAUCACUCAACUUUGAUCAGGGGUUAUACGCGAGGAGGUUACAAGGACAAAAAAGGUUUUCCAAAAUUUUGUGUAAAUUUUUUAAAAAAAUUGUCAAUAUAGAAAAAGAGAACAAUUAGAAUAAGUCAAAAUACCUAAAGGAAAAAAAAAUUAAAAAGAGUCUAAAAAUUCUCUUUUUUUGUUCUUUUUGACACUAAUUAACAUCAUUUGCUUGUAACCGAAGCCAUGGGAGUCAAGAAAAACAUAGAAAAUGAAUUUGAAGAAGAAAUUCAUGAAGAUGAAGAUUCACCGAUAGAACAAGUCAGGUUGACAGUGUCAAAUCAGGACGACACGAGUCUACCAGUAUGGACAUUUCGUAUGUGGUUUCUCGGACUCCUUUCGUGUUCAAUUCUGGCAUUUCUCAAUACAUUUUUCAGUUAUCGGACACAACCAUUGAGCAUAAGUAUGAUAACUGUUCAAAUCGCGGCGUUGCCAGUGGGAAAACUCAUGGCUAAAGUGUUGCCAACAAGGAAAUUUAAGAUAGGAUCAUGGGAGUUUUCAUUGAAUCCAGGACCAUUUAACAUGAAAGAACAUGUUUUGAUUUCAAUAUUUGCAAAUUGUGGUGCUGGGACAGCUUAUGCUGUUUCAAUUGUGACUAUUAUUAAGGCAUUUUAUUUGAGGAAUAUAUCAUUUGUGGCUGGUUGGGUUCUUGUUGUUACCACUCAGGUUUUGGGGUAUGGAUGGGCUGGGAUAAUGAGAAAGUAUGUUGUAGACCCUGCAGAAAUGUGGUGGCCUGGCUGUAUGGUUAUAGUCUCUCUAUUCAGGGCACUACAUGAAAAAGACGCGGAUGGUAAAAGCUCAAGAGGAAAAUUCUUCUUAGUAGUUCUAGCUUGUAGCUUUAUUUGGUACAUAGUACCAGGAUUUCUCUUCCCAACAUUAUCAAACAUUUCAUUACUUUGCCUUUUUUAUCCAAAAUCAGUGAUAGCACAUCAACUAGGGUCAGGAAUGAAAGGGCUUGGGAUAUUAUCAUUUACAUUUGAUUGGUCAGUUGUGGCAUCAUAUCUUGGAAGUCCAUUGGUAUGUCCAUUAUUUGCAAUAGUAAAUGUUGUAGUAGGGUAUGUUUUUGUGGUCUAUAUAAUGAUACCAAUAUCAUAUUGGGGGUAUGAUAUUUACAAUGCAAAGACAUUUCCAAUAUUGUCUUCACAUUUGUUUAAUGCACAAGGACAAAAGUAUGAUAUUCACAGAAUUGUUAAUGAUAAAUUUGAGUUGGAUCAAGUGGCUUAUGGGAAACAAGGAAGGAUUAAUAUAAGCACUUUUUUUGCACUUUCUUAUGGAUUGAAUUUUGCUGCUGUUGUUGCUACUCUCACUCAAGUUGGUCUCUUCAAUGGAAAGGAAAUAAUUUCUAGAUUUCGAGCUUCAAAUAAAUCAGGGAAAUCUGAUGAUAUCCACACAAAACUUAUGAAAAAAUAUCCAGACAUUCCUGGCUGGUGGUUUCAUGGAAUGCUUGUAGUUUCAUUGGUUUUAUCACUUAUACUUUGCAUUGUGUGGGUUGAUCAAGUUCAACUUCCAUGGUGGGGUCUUCUUUUGGCUGCUGCCAUUGCCUUGAUUUUCACUCUCCCUAUAAGCAUCAUCACAGCCACAACAAACAUGACACCAGGAUUAAAUGUGAUGACAGAAUAUAUUAUUGGUCUAAUAAUUCCAGGGAGACCAAUAGCCAAUGUUUGUUUUAAAACAUUUGGAUAUAUAAGUAUGGCACAAGCUGUUUCAUUUUUAGCUGAUUUUAAGCUAGGACAUUAUAUGAAGAUUCCUCCAAGAUCAAUGUUCAUUGUUCAGUUGCUUGGAACAUUGAUUGCUGGUACAAUAAACAUGACUGUAGCAUGGUGGCUACUUACAAACAUUGAUAAUAUAUGCCAAGAUGCAUUACUCCCAGUAAAUAGUCCAUGGACAUGUCCAGGAAGUCGCGUCUUUUUCGAUGCAUCGGUUAUCUGGGGUUUAGUAGGACCUAAAAGAAUGUUUGGUGAUCUUGGAAACUACGGUGCACUAAAUUGGUUCUUUCUUGGUGGUUUAUGUGCACCAAUUAUAGUAUGGUUGUUACAUAAAGCAUUCCCAAAACAAAGUUGGAUUAAAUUGAUUAACAUUCCAGUACUUUUAGGUGCAACUGCAAGUAUGCCUCCAGCAACACCUUUGAACUUCAAUAGUUGGAUUGUCUUUGCUAUUAUAUUCAAUUACUUCAUUUUCAAAUACCAAAAGAAGUGGUGGCAAAAGUAUAAUUAUGUUCUCUCAGCUGCAUUGGAUGCUGGAUUAGCAUUUAUGGGAGUUUUUAUAUAUUUCUUCCUUGAUAAAGUUAAACUUAAUUGGUGGGGUACUGGAGGAGAAUAUUGUGGUUUGGCUAGUUGUCCUACUGCUAAAGGCAUCGCGGUUCAUGGAUGUCCUUUGCAUUGACGUGCUCGUUUUGGACUUGGUCAUGCUUGAUCAUGAGUUGAUCAAGGUCAUGUGUGCAAUGGUUUAAUAUGGUUAUUGAUCAGGCCAAUGAUAUGUAUAGUUGUUGAUGAAGGAUGUCUUUUGAGCUGGUCAGACUCAUGUGUGACGGUAUAUAUAUAUAUAUAUAUAUAUAUAUAUAUAUAUAUAUAUAUAUAUAUAGUUGUUGAAGAAUGUCCUUUUUGUGUUGAUUUCACUAUAACAAUAGUCGUUUUCUUCUCAAACUUGCACGUCCCUCUUUGAGUUGAUCAGUUCAUGUGCCACAAUAUCAUUGAAGAAUUCACCAUUGUUAUUAUUUGUCGCGCUCUUAAAAGCAUGUUUGUACAAAAUUACCUUCUUAUAGGAAGUUAACCCCUAACUUGUGUCAUUGUAGAUUCUUAAGUAACCUUAACUUGUGUAAAUAUUUCUCACACUAAGGUAAUCCUCCACACAAUGUAAUUUUUUUUUUAGGAUUCUUUGAAGUUCAGUUUGAUGUAUGGACUUGAUCAUUCAAUGAGUAAUUAAUUUUUUUUGUAGUA